AUGUCGGCGCCGCCGCCAUGGUGGGCAGCUUCCAUGAUUGCAGAGGCUCUGACGGCGGACGAUACCCUGUCCCUGAGUCGGGUGGACAGCAGGUGGCGUGCUGAGUUGGGGCAGCCGAGCAUCUGGCAAAGAUACCUCAACGGGUCGCCCGAGCUGCUUGCUCGGAAUGUGCUCGCGGACAAUGACACUGGAGCACUCUUCGUGGGGGCGUCUGUGCACCCGGAGAACUACCGGGCGAUAGUUGCUGCCCUGCGGCAGCCGUGCUGGUUCCGGCAUUAUCAAGGAAUGAAGCGGUUGGCAACCGAAGGUCGUCUGAGUCGGCCGAGAGGGGACAACGUCAAAGAAGAGGCGGCGAUCCUUGGAGCUGUCACUGCAGAAGCUGCAGAGCCAACGGCAGCAAAUGCUUUGAAGGCGGACGAUACCCUGUCCCUGAGUCGGGUGGACAGCCGGUGGCGUGCUGAGUUGAGGCAGCCGAGCAUUUGGCAAAGAUACCUCAACGGGUCGCCCGAGCUGCUUGCUCGGAAUGUGCUCGCGGACAAUGACACUGGAGCACUCUUCGUGGGGGCGUCUGUGCACCCCGAGAACUACCGGGCGAUAGUCGCUGCCCUGCGGCAGCCCGGCUGGUUCCGGCAUUAUCAAGGAAUGAAACGACUUGUGAGCUCGGGUCAGCUGAAAGAGCAGCUUGGGGGGCCAAAUGGGGUCAUCCAAGAGCUCAGACGAAGCCUUCGUGCGCAGGCACUCGGCAGGCAACUGCAGGCUGGCUUCGCUGCCUGCGAAGCGCGCACAUCACGAACGCCACCAGCGAAGAGGACAACCUCCGAAGCGUAUACACCGCGAACACCACCAAGGAAGAGGAGCUGGGCUUUACGGCGAUCGGACGCAGCGACGCCACCGAAAUGUCGUCAAGUUCGGCCACGAGCCCCAAGCGCGAAGAGCACGCCGAAGGCUCCAAAGAAAGUGCCGACAAAGCAAUCUGUUACGACUUCGCAAAGCCGACCGACGCGAGGGCCUGCCGUCGCAACUCAGCCUGGCGAGGCGUGUGCAGCUCGCCCAAUCCUUCCAUUCCGGAAUCGCUCGAGCUCCUCCUCGUCCUCAUCUUCUUCCUCGUCUUCCUCGGAGAGUUCUUCUCCGAAGAGCAUCCCUCCAAAAAGAUGCAGUUCACAGGGAAAUUCGUUGCCGCGGACACCUCCGCGCCGCAUCCCUCUGUCAAGACAGCGUGACCUUACGCCGGAGCGACCGGCAUGCAAGCAAUCGAAGCGCUGUUUGCCGGAUGGCAGCGAAUACGAAGGAGAAAUGAAGGAUGGUCGCCCUGAUGGUUUUGGCCGCCUUCGCCUUGCUGAUGGACUUCAGUACAAGGGAGACUUCCGUCUUGGACGCUUCGAGGGUAGAGGCAUCUUAGAAAAGAAGAGCGCCGCGUACUGGGGCGAGUUCAAGGACGGAAGGCGUCAUGGACGGGGAUGCGUUCGGCUUCCCGAUGGACGAGUUCUCACAUGCAACUUUGUGCAGGGGCAGGCCCAAGGCCACGGCACUCUCCGGAGGCCAGACGGCACGACUCUCUUCGAAGGUGACUUGAGUGACCUGAAAAAAAGCGUACACUGCGGUGUACUGAGCCAAGGGUCGGCACUCUUGGGGAUGCCGGGAAAGUGA